AUGGAACAAGUUUCAGAGUACGAAGAACUUCCUUGUUCGAUCUGCAAUGAGAACGAGGCAUCAGCUCUCUGCAAACGCUGCAGGAAUAAUUAUUGUUCCAACUGUGUGAAUCAAACAAUUGAGCUAUUUUCUUGUCAAGAAGGAAGAGGCCAGCAUGAAGUAUGCCAAAAGUGUUACGUAAGAAUUUCAACCAUAGGAAAAAUAAUCAGCAGAGAUUCUAUUAUGUGGUGUCAUAACACCUCAAGAGGGGAAUCAUGGAUGAGAAGUUCUGGAGCCUGGGACUAUAUGAACUCUCAUGAAGGCAAUAUCGAUACUUAUGCAUCAGUGGAAAUUUCUCCUGAUGAUGAAGAAGGUAUCAGAAAAGAUAUAAUGACAGGAAGGACAGAUCCUGAGACGUUUAUUUUUGAUCUUCAUGAAACACUGCUACGGGUUAUUGGCGAAAACUAUAAAAAUGAUUUGUCAAGAGUCCUCAGAGCAUAUUGUGGAAGGAAUGGGAAUAUUGGGUAUUGUCAAGGACUGAAUUAUGUAUGCACGUGGCUUCUGCUAUUUUUAGACCACAAUAAUGCAUUUUGGAUGCUUUGCUAUUUGAUAGAAAAGUGGCUUUUACCAGAUUUUUAUAUCGGGAGCAAGCAUGGUAACUCACUAAAUGGUUUUUAUAUUGAAUCGACUGUAAUUGCAGGGCUACUAGACCAUUUAAUUCCAUCUAUGAAAAACAACAACUUAACUUCCAGCGAGUUUUCUGAUUUUUUCUCCUUGCAACUCUUAGUGCAGCUUUUUGUCAACACAGUUGACUUGGACAGUACCAUUUUCUUAUGGGAUAAACUAGCAUUAGAAGGCUCUUUAGCCUUAAUAAAAGGUGUAACAUGCUUAGUCGGUAUCUCGGUCGACCUAAUUGACAAAGGUGAGCACCCCAUCAAAAUUUUAAAAAAUUUUUCUGAUUCCGUUGUUUCAGAAAGACUCCCUGAUUUCUAUCGAGAAUUUUCCGUUGAAAUAACUGAAACAAGAGUUAAUAGGCUAAGAGGAGAGGCUAGAGACUAUAGAGCCCAACAAUGGAAAACCUGUGAGAGACUUAUAGUAAAAAGGCUUGAAAAAUGCUCAAAUUUUUCGGAAGCUGAAAUCAAGCAGCUUCAAGAAGAGUUUAACAGAGUUAUGCAAGAAAAAAAGAAAAACAAACCAAAAGAACAACCAGCUCCAGCUGGCUUAGUGAAAAGGAAAACUGUAUAUUUGCCUCAAAACAUUAGCAAGCAAGUAGAAGAAAAUAAAGAAGAAGGAGAAGUUGGUUUUUCAAAGCCAGAAUUUUUAGAAAUUAUCCAAAAAUUGUCCCCAGGACUUGCGAGCAGCGCAGAAGUGAUGUUUGAUCAAUUUGAUGAAGACAAAUCUGGGUAUUUGGAUUUCAGAGAACUGACCAUUUGUUUAUCUAUUCUGUCAAAAGGCAAUUUUGAAGACAAGCUUCGUGUUUGUUUUGGUGCUUACGACGCUGACCAUUCUGGCUACUUGCAAAGACCUGAAGUCCAAAGUUUGCUUGAAAAUCUUUUGAGACCCUAUGCAAAUGAGCUCGCCAAAACAGAUUCUCAAGAGCUCAAAACAAUGAUUGAUGAAGUCUGAAGCCGAAUGAUGAGACUAGUUGACAAAUGCAACGGUGUUGUCAGUUUUAACGAUUUUGUAUACGGAAUCAAAGCUGAUGCCCUACUUCGCUCACUCCCCCCUCCGUGAGUGAACAAAACCAUUAGAAAAAUCCCUAUUUUUUGCCCAAAAACCCACCCUCCUUGAGUGAACAAAAAUUUUUUUUAAUAGAAAAAUUUUUUAUGGAAAAAAAUUUUGAUAUAUAAGUGAUAAUUAGUAUAAUGAAAUCUAGAGCUAAUUCUGUUUAAUUUCACACGAAUUGCUAAAUUUUAUAAAUUAAAAUUAAUAUUUGCUUUCCAAUUUUCGCGAAUUAGGAUUUUUUUUAAAUUUCGAAAAAAAAUAUUUUUUUAUAAAAUUUUAAAUAUAAAUUUUUUUUAAAAAAAAAAAAAUUAACCCCCCUCCGUGAGUGAACAAAAUUUUUUGUUCACUCACGGAGGGGGGGGGAGUCAGUAUUUUGCGAAAACGUAGGAUCUGACGAUCAAAAAGAAAUUGGGGACUUAAAAAGAAUUUUAUCAAAAAACGACACUAAAAAGAAAAGGCAUGAAGAACAAAUAGAAGGGAAUAUGAGGUGCAAGUGCAUAAUAAUUUAA